CGAGCCCCAUGGAUACUUAGAAAUGAUCUCUCCAUUUGCUGGUAAGAAUGACAAAUGUUUAGAAGAGAUCGCGUGCUUUGCCGACGGAUUUAACAAUGACUCGCUGCUCUCCAGGUCUCGAAUGCUUUUGCACUAGACUAGUUUGGGCUUUAUAUUAUUAGCCCAUUUAAGUAUCAUGGGUCCUAGUCUUUUUGAGUGGUCCUGACAGCGCGUGACUUUUUUGUUCCACGUGCGGGGGGACUUCGUGUGUCUGGACUCCGUCGGGAAUUAAAUGAACUCCUACUUUUGUCUUUACACCAAAUAUCCUCGUACUUCUUUUGCAUUUAUAAUCCCAUGUCUUUUGAUAUUUUCCAGUUUUCACCCAAAUAUUAUACUAAUCACCAACUCAUACCCAUUUUUCUUUUUAAACCUUAAAACAAAGUGCAUACACCCAUCCACUACAUCUUCAAAAAUAAAAUAUACUAAUUUUGGAUUCAAAAUUUUGACUCGGAUUAGUUUUUUCUACAAAAAAUGACUAUAUUUGAACACUAAUUUGAUAUAUAAGUUAAAAUCUUGAAUGAUUCUAAUACAAAAAAAUUCGAGACCAGUUUUUGAAAAUCCAAUAACAGCCAUUUCCUUUUCUCAAAACGUGUUUUAGACUUUUAGUACAAAAUCUUGAAUAUUUCAUAUAUUUCGUUAAACCAAUAUACCUAGUGUUGUGGGUUAAUAGUCGCUCUAUACAAAAUACAAGGUCCAAAUUGUAAAUAUAAGGAAGAACUACAGUUAUUUCGAUAAAAAACAGUGUGCCACUGCCAACGAAACAGUGUGCGCGAGAUUUGGGAUGACUUGUUCUCUGUGUGCGGGCAUGCACGAGCACAGUUGACUCGAUCUCGUUCAGGAAAAGGUUAAACUAUAAAAAAUCAAUCCGGCGGUGGAUCGCCAAUUUCUCAGACGGCGAAUUGAUACUAAAAUGGCGGUGGAUAAUGCGUCGUAUCUGAUGCAGUUUGUGGACGAAACCUCGUUUUACAAUCGCAUUGUUCUCAGUCACCUCUUGCCGUCGAGCCUGUGGGAGCAUUUACCGCAUUUCCUCCAGACAUGGCUCAGGAACUACCUCGCCGGAAACUUGCUUUACUUCAUCUCAGGCUUUCUCUGGUGCUUCUACAUUUAUUACCUCAAACUCAACGUUUAUCUCCCUCAAGAUGCGAUUCCGACAAGAAAGGCUAUGCUUUUGCAAAUCCACGUGGCAGUGAAGGCGAUGCCUUGUUACACUCUGCUUCCAACCGUCUCUGAGUAUAUGAUCGAAAGUGGUUGGACCAGAUGUUACUCUAGUAUAGGCGAACUCAGCUGGUUCCUCUACUUUGUUUCUAUCGCGACCUAUCUUGUUUUAGUUGAGUUUGGUAUUUAUUGGAUGCACAGAGAGCUUCAUGACAUUAAGCUUCUUUAUAAGCAUCUCCAUGCCACCCAUCAUAUCUACAACAAGCAGAACACUCUUUCUCCCUUUGCCGGGCUUGCGUUUCACCCACUAGAUGGGAUACUUCAGGCUUUACCGCAUGUGAUAGCUCUGUUUAUAGUGCCAAUUCAUUUCACAACCCAUCUAGGUCUUUUGUUUAUGGAAGCGAUAUGGACAGCGAACAUCCAUGACUGCAUCCACGGUAACAUUUGGCCUGUAAUGGGUGCAGGGUACCAUACCAUACACCACACUACUUACAAGCACAACUAUGGUCACUAUACCAUAUGGAUGGAUUGGAUGUUUGGCUCUCUUAAAGACCCUCUUUUAGAAGAUGUUGACAACAAAGACAUCUCCAAGAAAGCAGAGUGAGAAUGCCCUUUUGUUUUGUCUUUCUCUUACAACCCUUUUUUUACUUUCUUCUUCAUGUGUCUCAAUCUUUCCAAUUAUUUUCUGUCGAACCAUUUACUACACAUGUGCUGUCUAAACGUUCUUCUUUCUUGAUUAACUAGUCACCAGCAUUAUUGACCAUCAGAGAAAAGACUAUGCAAUGUAGUCACUGAACUUCAUACGUAUUUAGAAAAAAGACCCUAGAGAACCAAUUCUAUAUUUGCUGCAAGCCACUUUAAAAUAACGUUAGUUGCAAAUCCUUUCAACA